UUCGUGAGACGGUGGCCAUGAGUCUUCUUCCGCGCUCAAUGCCCCUACUGAGGGCCAGCUCCCGACGCCUGCCCGCUCUGCUCACUGCUCGUCUCAGCUCAACAGCCAGUGACGCAGCGGCAGCACCAGCAGCAAGUGGUGCUAACACUGCUUCGACCAGCACAGCAGCAUCCUCUGAUGCACCCCUCUUCUCCAUGGAGAACCCCUACCAGGAGGAACGGCGCCUGUGCAUAGCCUGCCGCCACAACAUACAAUUCGACUACAAGAACGUCCGACUUCUGAGUCAGUUCGUGUCACCUUUUACGGGCCGUAUGUACGGCCGGCACGUGACGGGUUUGUGCCGUCAGCAGCACAAGAAACUCGAUGCCGAGUACAAGAAGGCGAUAGCUUGUGGAUACAUGGGUGUCAUGAUGAAAGAGGUUGAGUUCCUGCGCGAUCCGAAGAUCUGCGACCCCACCAACCCUGUGCGGCCGCAUAGGUUCUAGUCGGCGGGGCGUAUGGACAGAGUUAAAAGUGAGCGAGUGCGGGAGAAAGUGAGAUAUUGCAGUAUGGUGGAUGCUAUGGGAUGGCUCGCUGAUAAUGUAAUUGAGUUGAUGUCAUUUAGUUAUCAGGAUCGUGGUUAAGAUACAAUGUGCGAAAGAUG